AUGUCAGCACAACAUGCUACCGAACUUUAUGACCAGAAGCAGGCCUUGACCGGUGCAAGCGACGAACACUUUACUGUUGCGAAGGCCGAGCAGGAUGCUCUUGCUGUUGUCAAGGCAGCACGCGAAAGUCCGGAUUAUUUCGAGAUUGAAGCUUAUGGCCAGCUGAAUAUUAAGGGCAAAGCCCAGUCCUUGACAGCUUCGACUUUGCGUGGUAAGGACAAGAUCAUUGUGCCUCCAGUCCUGUUUUAUAACAAAGAGCAGAGCGAAGUUAUGGCUGCCGUCCAUCUCGGCAAGGAUCUGUGCGGACACCCAUCGGUUGUGCAUGGAGGCAUGCAAGCCACUCUUUUGGACGAAAUCUUGGCAUGUGUGGCUAUGCCUGCGCUGCCAAACAAAAUUGGUUUCACUGCCAAUUUGAACAUUGACUACCGCAAACCUUUGAUGGCCGAUCAAUGGGUCAUUUUGCGUGGACAAUUGGAUCGUGCUGAAGGUCGCAAAGCGUAUGUCAAGGCAUGGAUCGAGAGCCCGGAUGGUAAGACCGUGUACUCUGAAGCCACGUCGUUGUAUAUUGCUCCCAAGACGCCAAUUCCUGGUGCCUAA